AAGGUGGCCAUUCAUUCUCUCUUCUACUCUAUACUCUUCUACUGACAUAUUGACAAACACUGGGACAGAGUUGAUAACACAAAAAUGCCUGGGAUUCGCUCGCCGUCCGAUUACUCCAACGAACCACCUCGUCAUCCUUCGCUUAAAAUCAAUUCCAAGGAGCCUUUCAAUGCAGAGCCACAUCGAUCAGGCCUCAUAUCUUCCUAUGUGACUCCGGUCGAUUUGUUCUACAAAAGGAACCAUGGACCUAUACCUGUUGUUGAUGACAUUGAAAGAUAUCGUCUUUCUGUUAUGGGUUUGAUCAAUAUCCAAAGGGAGCUCUCAAUGAAAGAUAUUUGGGACCUUCCCAAACAUACAGUAACAGCCACAUUACAGUGUGCAGGGAAUCGAAGGACAGCUAUGAGCAAAACAAGAAAAGUGAGAGGAGUCGGAUGGGACAUUUCUGCCAUAGGGAAUGCUGUGUGGGCUGGAGCUAAAUUAGCAGAUGUGCUUGAACUUGUUGGUAUUCCUAAGCUGUCAAAUAGUACACCUAGUGGGGGAAAACAUGUUGAGUUUGUUAGUAUUGACAGAUGCAAGGAGGAGAAUGGAGGUCCGUACAAGGCAUCGAUUCCAUUGAUCCAAGCAACUAACCCUGAAGCUGAUGUAUUACUAGCCUAUGAAAUGAAUGGAGAGCCUCUUAACAGGGAUCAUGGCUAUCCAUUACGUGUAGUUGUCCCAGGUGUCAUUGGUGCACGUUCAGUUAAAUGGUUGGAUUCCAUGAGUGUGAUUGCUGAAGAAUGUCAGGGCUUCUUCAUGCAAAAGGAUUACAAAAUGUUCCCCCCUUCAGUUAAUUGGGAAAAUAUAAACUGGUCAACGAGGAGGCCUCAAAUGGAUUUUCCAGUUCAGUCUGCUAUAUGCUCCUUAGAAGACUCCAAUGUCCUGAAGGAUAGGAAGGUCACAGUCAAGGGAUAUGCAGUCUCUGGUGGAGGACGUGGUAUUGAAAGAGUAGACAUAUCCAUAGACGGAGGCAAAACAUGGGUGGAAGCCUCCAGAUACCAGAAACCAGGUGUUCCAUAUGUUGCAGAUGGUCCUUAUAGUGAGAAGUGGGCAUGGGUUUUCUUUGAGGCCAAAGUUGAGGUGUCCCACAGUGCUGAGAUUGUUGCAAAAGCGGUGGAUAUAGCUGCUAAUGUGCAGCCUGAAAAUGUAGAAAGUAUAUGGAAUCUAAGAGGAAUUCUGAACACAUCAUGGCAUAGGGUUGAUGUUAGAGUUGGUCAUUCAAGUAUGUGAUAUCUCAAGUUCUGCCAUCAUUGUGUUUGGGUUGUCAAAGUUUUAACUGUCUGUGGUACUCGCAACUCCGUGAAUAUUUUUCGCUAUAGAUAUGUGAUUCAAAAAUUGAAUAAUUCAUCUUUAAGUAACAUGUUAAGCUACCGGGAAGAUUAUGUAGUUAUUGUAUGUAACAUUGCUAGAUUAUGUGGUUGGUCAUUGGUGUAUGUAAUGUUGGUUUUUCUGCACCAAGGAUAAGGCAAGUCUCAGAUGCAGGUAACUUUUAUAAAGGAAAAUCUAUUUGGUGUU